UUUGAUUAAAUCAGCUGAUACGUUCCUACCGUCGUGCCUGUAAUACUGUUGAUUGACUUGAAAAAUGAAUCAUAAUUGAAAUAUGCACGUCCAUUAUUAUCAUUGCCGUGAUAGUAAAUUUUGAUAUCUACAUAUGUGGUGCGCAUCUCGUCUUAAUUAGAAUGGGUCAAAAAGUCUCUCGUACAGAUUUCGAAUGGGUAUACACGGAGGAGCCCCAUGCAUCCAGACGUAAAGUUAUAUUGGAAAAAUAUCCGCAAAUUAAAAAGCUUUUCGGGUGUGAUCCAAAAUUCAAAUGGGUUGCCGGUAGCAUGGUCUUGCUGCAAAUAUUUGCGCUAUUCAUCGUAAAGGACUUUUCUUGGCCGCUGUUGGUGUUAGCUGCCUACUGUUUUGGUGGUAUAUUGAACCAUUCGCUUAUGUUGGCCGUGCAUGAAAUAUCGCACAAUUUGGCUUUUGGACAUAGUCGCCCAAUGCAUAAUCGCAUUUUGGGCUUUAUCUGCAACCUUCCAAUUGGUUUACCUAUGUCGAUAUCAUUUCGAAAAUACCAUUUGGAGCACCACAGGUACCAAGGAGACGAGGCUGUGGACACCGAUAUUCCUACUUUAUUAGAAGCUAAACUUUUCGAUACAACCUUUGGGAAGUUUGUGUGGGUAUGCUUGCAGCCUUUCUUCUAUAUUUUUCGACCUCUCAUAAUAAAUCCGAAACCGCCCACAACAUUGGAAAUAGUUAACACUGUUAUACAGCUUACAUUCAAUGCAUUAGUUGUGUACUUCUUUGGAUGGAAAGCGCUAGCGUAUUUGGUGAUUGGUUCUAUAUUAGCAAUGGGCUUACAUCCGGUAGCCGGGCAUUUCAUUUCGGAACAUUACAUGUUCGCUAAAGGUUUCGAAACCUACUCAUACUAUGGACCACUGAACUGGAUAACAUUUAAUGUGGGUUAUCAUAAUGAACAUCAUGAUUUCCCUGCUGUUCCAGGAUCAAGAUUGCCUGAAGUGAAACGCAUUGCUCCGGAAUUUUAUGAGACAAUGCCACAACAUACCAGCUGGUCGCGAGUACUUUACGACUUCAUCACUGAUCCUGCUGUUGGACCAUAUGCACGAAUUAAACGUCAUCAGCGUGGACUUAGGACGUAAAUUACCAUUUGGGGCAAAGAGCAGGAGAAAGCUGUAAACUAUUAGCAAUUGUAAUACCUCCUAUAAAAAUUAUUAAGUAUUUAAAUUUGAUAAUUAUUAUUGUCAAAAGAUUUCGUAACUUUAUACGUUUUCCCGUAAAUAAAACUGUAUUACUUUUUGACUUAAACUUUCUAACGAAAAUCACCGUAUUAUAUAAUUUUUAUUGUUUCUAUAAUCCUAUUUAAUGUAAAGGGUUUAUUUAGAAGUUUAACAUAGACAACUGAAACCAAAAAUAUAAUUAAAUAUACAUAUAUUUAUAAUAAAAUAUUUUCGCUUUUUCGGUACACAUGAUAACCGAUUCGCUUUUCCUUGCAAUAUA